CGGGGAGGCGCGGCUCUCACUGAGACCGCGGCGGGCGGCGGAGCGCCGCUCCAGCCCCGAGGAGCCGCGACGGGAACAGCGGGGGAGAUCGGAGCUGUUACACGGACCGGGAGAGUUCAAGGAGUUAAGUGGCAUCUCUGCUCUCACCAGUGAUCAGCAGUGUGAUAUUUGCUCCAUGAGGACAGAGAAAUAAGCACGAAGCCCCUGCACUAACUGUUCUCACUGCAGCUGAGGAGCCGUGGCGUGUCACAGCUGGACAAAGGCACCUCUGCCUAUGGCAGGGGUGGAGAUCUGAGAGCUGAUGCUUUUUGCCCAGGCAGUGUAUUACUCCCAGCUCCACGACAAGCACAGCAGCUUUGGCAUCACUUCAUUUGUGCAGUUUCACUCAGACUAGUAAGUUCUCCAAGCACUGUAACUAAGCUAGGAAGGUGUACCUAAAAGACAAGUGCCAUGAAUCAGACUAUAGAAGUGCCGACAGAAGGGAACUCCCUGAUCAGAGCUGUCUAUCAGAGUCGACUACGCCUCACCAGGCUGUUGUUGGAAGGUGGGGUCUACGUCAAUGAAAGUAACAAUAGAGGUGAAACCCCCUUAAUGAUUGCCUGUAGGACAAGACAUUCAGACUCUCAGAGUGUCAGCAAGGCAAGGAUGGUUAAAUAUCUACUGGAAAACAAGGCAGAUCCAAACAUCCAGGACAAAUCUGGAAAGACAGCCUUGAUGCAUGCAUGCCUAGGAAAAGCGGGGCCUGAGGUGGUUUCUCUGCUGCUGAAAAGUGGAGCUGACCCAAGUCUACAAGAUCACUCUGACUGCUCUGCGCUGGUGUACGCAAUAAACUCUGAAGACAGAGAGACUCUGAGAAUUCUUCUCAAUGCCUGUAGAGCAAGAGGAAAGGAGGUUAUCAUAAUCACAACAGAGAAGUCUCCAUCAGGAAGGCUGACAACAAAACAGUACUUAAACGUGCCCCCUCCAGAACUUGAGGUAUGCCACUCUCCAGUUUCCUACAUUGCCCCAUCCAAAAUAGAACUGACAUUAUCACCCCCACUUUCAAGCUCAAAUGAAACUAAAAGGGCAAACUUCAGCUUCAGUGAUCUGGAGCAUCCCGAACACAAUGACCAUUCUCAGCCAGUUUCACCAAGAAAUUCAGGUUCAUCAGGCAUGGGACCCAACCUGACACAUUUGCAGCAAUUUCAGUCUGAGCCGUGGGUAAAGCGCUCUACUUCCUCGUUUCACCAGAAUAAGAUUUCCAAUCUACGUGGAGAGCUCCAGGAUAUAACUCCAGAAGAAAAGCUCUCUUCCAAAGCCAGUGGCUUUGCCUUACCAAAGAAGUUUGUUAACAGGCUCCAAAAUAUUGACAUAAAAGACACUGCUAAUUUACUGAAAAGUGCUGCUCAGAGUAGAUCAAAGAAAUUAUACAAGGUGAUAAACACUCAGACUUGUAGUGAAGAGGAGCAUCUUCCCAGUGAGAUCCUUGGGGGUGAGGAUGAGAAUUCUAGUUUGGGACCAACCAGCUUAAUUUCAAACCUACGCAGUAUUAUCAAAAAAAGAAGCUUAGGAGCAAAUCAUCACAGCGCUCAUUCUCAGUUAGCUACUGCUCUACAUCCUGCUGCUGCAGAAGACAGUAAGUCAGUGAUAGGAAAGAAGAAGACUGUGUCUCCAACUCACUCUUUGUUUUCAAGUUCUAGAGAUUUACUGGAGAAAAUACCUUCUGUUCCCAGGAGAAUUAAAAAUGAGACUUUUCCAGAAAGACAGGGUUCAGGAGCCUUUCUGCUGGAUAACAGUGCUCGGGCAAGACCAGCUUUUCUUCCACCGCUCAAUGUGAAUCUGCAGCCCCCAAUUCCGGAUGUUAAUUUCUUACAUAAGAAAUUACCCUAGAAACCUUAUGGGCAAAAACAAUACCAGCAGCACCUGCUUCCCUUAGCGAGACCAAAAAUACAAAAAAGCUACUAAGGAAGCAGUCAUUACAGACUUAGCAGAUUAGGCAAUUAGUGAAUUUUUGACAGGAGAUUGAAGAGUUAUAAAAUGUUUACAAUGUGUACAGACUCACUGCUCUACCUAACUGUAAAAGAUGGCAGAUCUGUGAUGUAGGGCUCUCAGCCUCAGAAUGAAUUAAAUGGCUUAGGUACUACAUCAAAAGAUAUACUUACCCAUCUAAUGAAUUAAUUAAAUGAUGUUGCUUUCUGCAGACUGAGGAAUAUUUAUUAUAUGCUCUUAAUUUCAGCUUUAGCACUGAAGCCUUACCCACAUCAGUCUGAAUGUAUGAGGGAUAUUAGGUGAUGCAGUUCUCAGUUCUAGGUUGCAAGUUUUGCCCAAACACUGCCUUGUUUUUCCAUCCAGACAAGUUGUACAAAUGAAAUUUGGGAACCUGGAACAUUUGACUUUGAUGCUGGACAUGAGAGUUUUGUGAUAUCCAGGCAUUCCAGACACGAGCCUGUGCUUGAAGGGUGGGCAGUGGUGGGUGCCAAUAGGCAACAUCCUCUGGCUUCAGUGAAUUUACUGCUUGUAAACAGACAAUGCACAGACUAUAAAUGAAAACAGAUGUUACGAAGCUAUGCUGUGUGCAUAGCUUCACUUGAGAAAUUCCAGAUGAAGACUGGGAAUCUGCUCGAUGUGCCCACUGGGAAUCGGCACAGUACACAGACCUCCAAGCGCUGCAGCUGGGCAUUCAGCAUCUGACAGCAGUCCAGCAUGGAGCCAUGAGGCCAGCAGAGUGCCUGAGUGGUGCUCUCGCUUCUGACGUAAAAUGACCAAACCCUGCUUGCAGCACCAGGUAGCCACGUCCAUCAACAUGGGCUUCUCAGGCUGUCUGCUGGAGUUCACUGAUUAAAACAAGGAUGGGUGGGGGAGGUAAAGGCUCUGUCAAAAUGGAGCUGUUACUUGCAGCUUCAGGCAGAACACGUGGGACCUUGUCCUCCCCAUACGCGUGUUUCUUCUCUACACAAGAUGCAGGUGGUGGAAGGUAUCACAUACCUUUCCUCGACUGGGAGCAAGGGUGAGCUCUGUCCUGCUCUCACAUAUUAAAAGAAAAUAAUAAUAAUUAAAAAAAUCCAACAAUGGGGAUAUUCACCUGGGAGCUGGAAGACCUCAUCUUGCCUAAUUUGAAGCAAGAGUAUGAGUUUGCUACAGGUCAGAAACAUGCUCUGCCUCUAAGAUAAUUCAUAUAUAUUUUUAAUCGUUUCUAUCAAAGAUGUGCUUUUCCUUCCUGUUUGGUGUUUUGUGGUUCCAAACAUCUAUCUUGCAUUUGUGUAUGUUCUGUAGAUGAUUUAUGGCAUCAAAUCUAACAUUUAAUAACUUGUCUUCUAAAGCUUGAGAACUAUUUAAUGUGCUCUCUUUCGCCAAUAUUUACCAAAAACAAACAAACAAACAAAAAAGCCAUCUGUAUUGGUGUCUGUAUAACCUGAGUUUCUGUAUGCCAAAAUGAGGUGCCCUGUCCUAAAAAUACUGUGGGUGUUAUCUGUCGUCUUCUGGAUUCUGUCAAAAUUCACUCUGCGCUGUUGCCUAAUGAAUAGCUGUAUGAGUAGUGAUGUUGUUUAGUCUUGCUCUUACUAUAAGACAGUUUCAAGUAAAUAAUAAAUGUACAAUCUCUCUGUAAAUUCCUUUAGAUGGAAAAAUAUAAAAAUAUAUAAAAAUGAAUAUGAAUAUAUAAAAAUAUAGAAUAUAUAUAAGAAGCCCCUAAUAUGUAUUUUUUGAAGAAGGAAAUUUUCGACAUACAGAAAUAGCAUGGUUUAACAUCCCUGCUCAACAACACUGAACAAAAUGCACAUCCAGAACUACAGAUUUAAAUCUUAAAAUGAUUUUUCAAUACCAAGUCUUUUCAACCUCUAGAUUAUAGAGAUUCUGUGAGAAUUGCUCUCUGUCCAAACUCCCACAGGUAACCGGAAUGAGCGAAGAAGGAAACCUGUUCCACUGUAGUCAAAAUUAACUCCUCCACAAAAAAUAUAUAAGCCUUGAAAGUCGCAGUGCUCACAGCUCUGCUAACCUGAGAUGUGUAGCACCCUGAUGCACAGUGACCCGCACAGAGUUUGACGUGGAUACAGCUGUCACACUUGCUUUGUUACUUCAUCAAGUAUUCCUCAGUGGGUGUCUCAGAAAUAACCAGUUCCGGUCACAAACACGUUGCUGGCGACAGGAAUAGGGUAUUUAUUUGAUUGCUUGUUCAUCUUUCAGAGAAGGACUGUUCAUCCCUUGAAAGUUCCUUACUCAUUUAUGGAUGAGUAAGAAUGGGGUAGAUUUAGCUCCACGAGGUUACACAGUUGAGCAGUCAGAACUGAGGCAGUUCCAAAGUGAUGUUAUGUCAUACUGCUAACCACUGGCACACGUGGUGAAGCUUGUGGAGAACGUGGUUCCAUUCAGGUGCAGACUGGAGAACAGUGCUGUAUUUCGGGAGGCAUUACUGGACCAGCCUCAGCACAUGCGUGGCAGAAACAAGAAAGAUGAGGUGGGAAGCAUGUUGUAGCAGAGAAAUUACGUGGAGUAACAUUAGGCAAUCUUAAAUUACUAACCAUAAAUUUAAAAAUCAGUCCAUAUAGACACAGCGUGUAUGCAACACAGUGUACUUAUGAAGUGGUUUUUAUGCUGUUUGUGGAAAGUGAAUUCUAGUCUAUUCAUUUCAUGAUUAAUGUAAGUACUGAGAGUUAAAACUAUGUCUUUAAGAAAUACUUUUUUCCUUUUAGAAAGUACCAGUUAAUGAUAAGAUUUUCUACUUGUAUCUUCUCUAAAAGUCUCUUUUCUGCUCUGUGGGUUUGUAAUUAAUCAUGUAUUAACUUAUGCACUGCUCUCUGAAAUAGUACUUUUUUAGAAGUGUUUAGAAGAUGGAGGAGAAUGCCCAAUGCCUUGAGAAGAGAGAUCUUUCUGCCAUGUUGCCAAUACUUUGUGCCUAAUUUUCACGCAGAAAUAAUGUGAAAAGUUAAUGUGUUUAUUGUUGCAUCAGUGUUAAAAGUGACCUUAAAAGUAAAAACCGUUCAGUUGUGUUUUCUUGUUGUUGUAAUGAUGCAUAAAUAAAAGUUGGUUUUUUUCCCCUUCAGACAAUGUGGAAAUAGACGUAUCCAUUUAUUUGCCGUUUAGGAGAUGCUGAAUCACUGCCAAAGAUACUGCUAAGUGUUCCUCAGGCUGUCUCUGAACUGGAAAACUGGAACAGUUUAAUCAAACAGAGCUGAAUUUGUACACAGUAAUGUCUGAGAGAGACACUCUCAGUAGCUUAUUUUAGCAAUUGAAUUGAAGAUACAGUUCUGCCAUUCCUGAAACAUCCCAUCUGUUUCCCAGUUAUCCUUAGGCAAAGAGUUCCCAACAGACCUGAUUUAUAAUAUUAAAUUCCAUCCCCCAGGCUCAAAGAUUUAAAAACAACAAAACACCUUUCAGGUGUUCUUCAUGCAUAUCGAUGAAGAAAACACGAGGGGAAACCUUUUCCUUGCCUCAUGUUGGCUUUUCAGGACUGUGGCUUCCCACCCAGCAGAUCAUUUGUUCUGUUUCACAUCUGGCAGUGAAAAAUUAGGGAAGCUCAUUCAUUUACGCUUCUGAGAAGAUUAAAAUAUCAGUCCUUGAAAAGCCCUGCAUUAAACUACAUAAAAUAAGUGAUACUUCCAUGAGUAAGCAUUCCUGUCAAUGUAAAUUACAGCUCUGAGGAAAAUGCACUGACUUACGAGAUUGCUGGUUCUGGAUCUCUGUGACAGACUUUUGCAGAUCUGGUACAAAUUCAGAAAGAUGAUUUUUUUUCCUCAAUCUUUCCAUUUUCAUCUGCAAGAUACUGUGCAAUACUGCGAAAUGUCUUCUGUGAUUGCCUCACAAAAGCAGUGAUUACCUAACAUCCACUACACUUAUGUAUUUCAUAUUUUGGUUCGCUAUGUACAAGAACAGCAAGUCACUACAAAAACGCUGCAAAAAAGACAUGUCCAUGGCUGCAUUUAAUGUGCUGUGCUCAAAGUGCAGCUUUGAAAAUAUCCUUCCCUGUCCUUUUUGCUUUUACUUUUGCAUUAAGGAGGAAGUUGUCUGCAGGGACUGUUUCUUUUUUGUCUUACAGCUAUAGAGCAGAGGGCAGCAUCUCCAAGCAUUCAGUGCAGCUACAUGAGAAAACAAGUAAAUUAAAAGUUGCUAAAAUGUAGGUUUUUUCCUUCUGUCAACACUUAAUAAUACCUUCAUCUUUAUGCAUAUCAUGAGAUACAAGUAGUCAACUUUGUUUUUUUCUUUUUUUUUUUCCCCCUGAAAUCAGAUAUCUGUAAUUAGAUUCCUUCACAAGCAAAGCAUGACACCACUUGUUCACAACACCGUCCAUGUAACAGGAGCACGGGUCACUAACAGAAAAGAUAACAUUAGUCAGUCACACAAAUCAUCCUGACCAGAUUCAAACUGUUCUCAUUAGAAGAUGAGUUUUUUUUCACUUUCAAAUUUAAAUCCAGAGUUGGAGGGAGGGAUACUAAAAUACUUCACAGUACUUCUCAGCAAAGUAUUUUUUCCAUCAAGUUUUGCUGUUGCUGCAGGGCCUUCAAAGAGAUCACUGCCAAUAUAAAUGCAUCUUAAGAAAACUCGGGUUUUCUCUGCAGAGUGAACUGGUACAAAAUGCCAAUUUUUAUGACUAACAUCUCUGAUAAAUGUCCCAGCUAUUAAUAGUUUCUAAGUCUUACAAUCCUUCAGAAAAAUUGUCCUUUAAAAAUAUACAUCCUGUUCUGCUCCUGUUGUUCAGAGAUAGGACCUGUUAUCUGAGGUAGGUGCCUCCUCGGACAACGUUUGUAACUGAGAGGGAGCACAUACGUCCCAUGAACAUCCCUGCUUUUUGCAUCUUACACUGUAAAAACACAAACACACUUUUCUAUGUCUGACAGAAUGAAUAACAGAACCUGAGGGCCCUGAGUAGGGGUGCUGAUAGAAGCAUCUGAGCUACUUGGUGCAAAGGCUUUGCACAUUCCUUACAAGUAUUUGUCAGAAGACAACAAAGGGGAAAGUAAAUUUCUAACAACCAAUCAAACUACAGGAAUUAGAAUUGUUCAAAAACGUAUUUUGUACCUGUAUUAGUCCCCUGGGGUAGUCUUUACUGUGCAGAAGGUGAAAUGUGCCAUUAAAUCUUAAAGAACCCCAAAAUCUUUGUCUAAGAGGAAUGCUUGGAGGUCUUAUCAAUCCCCCACCUCAGAGCAAGAUUUGCCUCACCCCUACUGCUCACCUGCUCCUUGGAAGCAAACCAGCAUCAUCAGUGAGUGUUGUAAACAGCACACCGUUUCCCUUAAACUGGGAUUUGGGAAGCCAAAGUGUUAACACUGCAGCACUUAAGAAAGUACCAGAC